AUGGUUGUUUCUACAAUGACUAAACCUGCUGUUAAAGUAACAGUGUCCGACUCCGGCUCUGAUAACGAAAAUGAAGAAUCCGAAUACGAAGCGGACGAUAGUGACGAAGAACAAAAUUCAGCGAAAGAAUCAUUCGAGCAUAGUGAAAGUGACGAAGAACCCGUCAUGAUGACAAACGAAGGCUGGGCUGAUUCAGUAGCCAAGAUUUUGAGUUCGAGUAAACCCAAAAAUAAGAAAACAUUAGUAUUAUCUAGGGCCAAGAAACAUUCUGAGAUAGUUAAAAAGGAAAUUGUAGAAAAACCAGCUUUUGAAGUAGUUGGUAAAACUGAAGAAGUUAAACCUGAAAUAAAAAAGGAAGAAACUGUUUCAAUAGAGCCUCCAAUUAAGAAAAAGAGACAUGAAAAAUCAACCAUUCGAAUAAAACCUAACAUUUUGGAAAAAGACAGAGAAAGGCUUCUAUCCAAGAUAGCUACAAAGGGUGUGGUGCAGUUAUUUAAUGCAGUAAGAAAUCAACAAAAAACAUUGGAAAAAGAAUUGGACAAAGAUUUAACUGAAGCCAAGAAAGAGAAGAUUUUAAAAAAAUUUGAUAAGCGAGCAUUUUUGGACACCCUUAUGGGUCAGACAAAGUCAAUUAUUGUAGAUGAACAUACGCAAAAUUUGAAGAAAGAAGUUAAACCUGAAGAUCAAAAACCAAAAUGGAAUGCAUUAAGGGAUGAUUUUAUGAUGGGAGCAAAAAUGAAAGACUGGGAUAAAGAUCCCGAAGAGGAA